CAGACAGACCGACUAGAAACUCCCACAGACACUACACAUCUUACUUUCGCGUUUGCAAGAGAUCUGCGAAGAUUGUUACCUUCUGUGUCCUUUUUCAUUGCGAUAUCUGACAACUAAGCUUUUGGUGUGCAAUACCAUCACCAUCUCAAGUACCUGAUCGCUCAGCACUGCCAUUCUACAAACACCGGGCAGUCUUAGUGGAAAGAGAUAUCACCAAGGGCACCGGAUCAAACAACUGAGCUAAGAACAAGGGAUACCGUUCUCUCGUGUUAUCGAAAGCUUUUUGAGCACGAGAUCGUGGAAAUUCUGUCUGAGAGAGAGGGAGAGCAUUCGGCGUUUCAGAUCGUUUGUUUGUUUAGGACAUCACCCGAUUGAACAGAUUUAACAGACAAGAUGUCUUGGUCAGGUUUCAAGAAAAAUGUCAACCGUGCGACGACACAGGUUAUGAUGAAGACAGGCCACGUCGAGAAGACGAAUGACCGAGACUACGAGGUUGAAGAAAGACGAUACCGGACCCUCGAGUCAGCCGCGAAUAGGUUACAGAAGGAAGCAAAAGGAUAUUUGGACUCGCUGCGAGCCAUGACCGCAUCGCAAAUGCGCAUCGCCGAGACCAUUGACGCCUUCUACGGCGACGCAGGCACCCGGGACGGCGUUAGCAGAAGCUACAAGCAAGCUGUGGAAGAUCUUGACGCCGAGACCAUCAAAGCUUUGGACGGACCCUACCGAGCUACUGUCUUGGAACCUAUUUCCCGGUUCUGCGCUUACUUUCCCGAUAUCAACGAAUGUAUAAAAAAGCGCCAGCACAAGCUCCUUGACUAUGACGCGCUGCGCGCCAAAGUCAAGAAAUUGACCGAAAAGCCCGACAAGGAUGUGACCAAGCUGCCUCGAGUCGAAAAGGAAGCCGAUAUGGCCAAAGAAGCCUACCAGGUUCUCAACGACCAACUGUACUCGGAACUGCCACAGCUCAUUGACCUGCGUGUCCCUUACUUUGACCCGUCGUUUGAAGCAUUAGUCAAGAUCCAGCUGCGGUUCUGCGCCGAGGCCUACUCUCGCAUGGCUCAAGUUCAGCAAUAUUUGGACGCGGAUACAAGAGAUCAGUACGCUCAGGGCCAGCUGGAUGCCCGUGUUGAGCAAGUGCUGCAGGAGAUUCGGGAUUUGAGUAUUGCGGGGACUGUCUAAUACCUUUUUUUCUUUUCUUGUUGAUCAGCGAUUGAGUUGCAUUUUUCUUUCUUUUCCUAGUGUUUAUUUUUCCUCUUCUAGUCUUUUUAUUUUCCUCCCUCCUAAUUUCUCCCAUGUUAAAAAUAUACUCUUUCAGCUCUGUUGCCAAACGGUUCACUAGAUUUGAGGACGUGCCUUUAUUUUCCUUUUGUUGUUUUCUCCGGCCUGAAAAGGGAAAAUACAAAACCCAAUGGGACAUUAUCACAAGUAUAGCCAUCGAAUCGUGUCCAAGCUCCAACUCAUAUCCAAAUUCACGUUUACUCAUGCAUUCAGUAAACUUGUGGUCAUCGCUUACAUUCCGCC